AUGCCUUAUAAAGUCACCAUGCUGUCCGCCGUAGAUGAGCUGACCGAAGAAGCGCGCAUGGUUGGGGCUAUCAAUAACAUUUUCCUUCGCAGGGCUGAAGAUGGAAAGACCAGAUAUAUUGGUACGAACACAGACACCAGUGGGAUCCGGGAAGCUUUUCUUCGGAAUUAUUCUCAGCUUCUUGCGCAGUCAUCCGAAAGACCGGCUCUGGUGAUUGGUGGUGGGGGAGCUUGUAGGGCGGCCGUUUAUGCCCUUUCAAAAUGGAUGGGCGUCAGCAAAAUCUACAUGGUGAACCGUGUUGAGAUGAGUACUGGAUUGAAUGCUAAAUUGAUGUUUGUUUCGACCAUCGCCGAGGCAGCUGUGUUGGAAGCACCGGCUCUCAUUGUUGGGACGGUGCCGGAUAUUACCCCGAAAGAAAAGGGCGAGGUUCUCGCGAGUGAUAUUGUGGAUGUCUUCUUGGCGAAGGAAGAAAAAGGAUUUGUUCUGGAGAUGUGCUAUCAUCCUAAUCCUCGGGCCUACUUCUUCAAUCGCUGCGAAAAGAUGGGGUGGAAUGUGCUAUUUGGCACAGAAUCUAUGAUCUGCCUCUGGACAGAGCUGCCGAUGCACCAAUUCAACCUCGAUGAAGCGAAGCAAGCUCUUACUAAUGCGAUUGAGAUGCAUGUGGUGCAUUGA